GUGGAGACAGACGCCGAUACGGCGGAGCAAACGGAGUGCCUCAUCGGCAAGAUCAAAGAGUUCAUUGAUAGCCACUGAAAAGUGAAAGCCGGUUUCAUGAUCAGUGCUCGUUGGCUACCACUUUCAUCAGGAUGCUUAUAUAUACUAUACCACUUCCCUGAAAGUUCAAGGCAUCCAAUCGCUCCACUGCAAAUACACUUUACUAACUAUCAUCACCUUCAUUUCUGUCAUGGACACCCCGAGGAAGCUCGUUGACCAAGUCGGAUGUUGGCUCAGACUCUAUGACGACGGUUCAGUAGAUCGCACCUGGACCGGCCCUCCUAACUUUAAAUUACUCACUGAACCGGUUCCUCCUCAGCCUGAAUUCCUCAACGGAGUUGCCACCCAUGACGUGGUCAUCGACGACGUUUCCGGUCAACGUGUCCGGAUUUACCUACCGGAGACAAAAUCCCACGAUAAGCUUCCGAUUCUCCUCCAUUUUCACGGCGGUGGGUUUUGCAUAACCCAAGCCGACUGGUUCAUGUACCACCAGUUCUACAGACGGCUCACCCUAACGGCCCGGGUCAUUUGCGUAUCUGUCUAUCUCCGCCUCGCCCCCGAGAACCGACUCCCGGCAGCCAUUGAUGACGCUUUCUCCGGUCUUACCUGGCUCCAAUCGGUGGCAAAGCGCGAGAAGCACCCGCCCGAAUGCCUUGUUUCUGCCGACUUCAACCGUAUUUUUCUUAUCGGUGACAGCACUGGUGGGAACCUAGUUCAUGAGGUGGCCGUGCGAGCCGGGAAGCAUGACCUGACGCCGCUGAGAGUCGCCGGAGGGAUACAGGCGCAUCCUGGAUUUGUCCGGUCUAGGCGGAGCAAGUCGGAGUUAGAGAAUCCCCAGUCGCCGAUCUUCUCGUUAGACAUGAUCGACAAGCUGUUGAUCUUGGGGUUGCCGGUUGGCAGCAACAAGGACCACCCGAUAACGUGUCCUAUGGGGAAGGCGGCGCCGUCGCUGGAGGACGUGGAAGUCCCGCCGCUGCUGGUGUGCGUGGCGGAGAAGGACAUGAUGGUGGAUACGGAGAUGGACUACUGUGAAGCGAUGAGGAAGGCGAAGAAGGAAGUGGAAGUGUUUGUGAGCAAAGGUAUGGGACAUUCGUUUUAUCUGAACUCAGUUGCGGUGGAGACAGAGGCCGAUACGGCGGAGCAAACGGAGUGCCUCAUCGGCAAGAUCGAAGAGUUCAUUGAUAGCCACUGAAAAGUGAAAGCCGGUUUCAUGACCAGUGGUCGUUGUCUACCACUUUCAUCAGGUACUUUUUUCUAUUCUUAACUUUUCCCUUUUCAAGAUAAGUGGUGUAAUAAUAAAUUUAAAAAAUAAUGUAUGUGAUUUUUUUUUUCCUAUUGAUUUUGACUUUGGCGUUGUGCGUGAUUUGUCGUAAUUUAUCUUAGCUUAUCGGGGUGAAUUAUGAAUUGGUUCUGGUCUUUGUGAAUUCGA